AUGAGGAAGGAGUACGAGGCGCUGGAUGGCGUGUGGUUCAUGGCGGGCAGCCUUUUUAACAAGUACCCCUUCGACAUCCCGACAGAGGCGUUCCCCUUUGAGCGCUUCCGCCAGGCCUUUGCCGCGGUGCAGGCCUCCGUGGUCCACCUACAGGGCGUCGCGCCGUCGCGGCGCUUCGCGCUGGUGCCCCUGGGCCCCCCGCUACUCUCCUACAGCUCAACAUGCAAGGCGAUGCUGUCGCACAACGAUGCGGCCAAGAGGGUGGAGCUGGUGGUGGACAGAGACUACCAGGUCGGGGACCCCGUCUAUGCCUGGUGCGGGCCCCAGCCCAACUCGCGGCUGCUCCUCAACUACGGCAUCGUGGAUGAGUCAAACCCCUUUGACAAGCUGCAGCUGACUGUCACGCUGCCCAGCAGCGACCCGCUGUACAAGGCCAAGCGGGACAAGCUGGACAAGGCCGGGCUGUCCACCAUGCAGGCGCGCGGUCUUUUUUUCACGAUCUCUACGUUUGACCUCAAGCGCUCCGAGCCGCUGCCGCCGCUGCUGCUGCCCUACAUGCGGCUGGCCUUCUCCCGCAGCGCGGAGCAGAUGGCGGCGGUGCAGCUGGAGGCCGGGGCGCCGCCGAUUGAUGCGGGUAUCGAGCAGCAAGCCGCGUGCGCCCUGUCGGGCCACCUCGAGAAGCGCCUGGCCUCCUACCGCCGGCCGCUUUGGAAAGAUCUCGAGAUACUUGAGGACCCCAAGAGCACGCCGCGGCAAAAGGUCGCGGCGCGCCUCACCAAGAUCGAGAAGUCGAUCCUUCAGGGCUGCCUGGACGCCAUCAGCACGCAGAGCCCCUGCUCUGCGG